CUCGUGCCAUAGCUAUAUAGAGCAGUGCAAGCGGCAACACGUUGCGCCUCGUGGUCCAACCCGCGAGUGAUCGCCUUCGUCGGCUGCCGACAUUUGCGCAUUUACGAACUGCAUCUACGAAGGACUGCAGUGUGGCUCGCUCACGACUUUUCUGUAAGGACUGUGCUCUCGACAGACCCCGGGCGCCUUUCGGCGGUGGCAUCAAUUCCCGCCGACCGGUGUUGCUUGCCCGCACCGAGGGGCAAGGACGCUCGCUGUGGUGGCGCGGCAUCUGGAAUAUCAGGCCCUUCGGCGCCAGAACACAGAGCAGGCUUUACACAUCGUCGUCUUGAAGCGAGACCGUGUCGAGCUUCGGUUCCCUGUCAAGAAAUAAGCGACCACGUCCGGCACAGCUGCGACUACUCACUAGGCUCCUAAUGGCCCCGGCAAUGUUGUCACUCAAGUCAGAGCUCCCCAUGUCACCACCAGAUGAUGCUGCCUUCCGCAGUGGUACUUCGGGUGGUUUCAGCGAAGACGAUGACCUCCCGGACGAGCGCUCCCCAACAUCUUCUCAGGAGCUACUCAGUCCCUGCCCGUCGUCUUACAUGGACGCCGACGAUUUUGACGACGACGAGUCCGGAGACUCUUCCUCCACGGCAUCCCAGCUUUCCUCUAGACGCAAGCGGACCCCGAAGACGUCGGCACGAUCUAGGACAACAGCUUCAGCAACAACGCUGAAGACACCAGGGCAGCCCAAGAUGAAAAAGACCCGGCGGCUCAAGGCCAAUGACCGCGAGAGAAAUCGAAUGCACAAUCUCAACAGCGCUCUGGAUCGUCUACGCUGUGUUUUGCCGACUUUUCCCGACGACACCAAGCUGACCAAGAUCGAAACGCUCAGGUUCGCGCACAAUUACAUUUGGGCCCUUUCGCAAACGCUCAAGAUAGUCGAGUCUAAGGCGGAGAAAAAGGAUCCACCGGAGAUGCCUCAGGACGCGCUCACGACGACGCCGACAUCGCCCGCUGGACUUCACGAGCCGACGACCACGCCCUUGGUAGCGACGCUGACCCCGUUGGCUACCGCUGGGCCUACAACACCUCGGGGUUAUUACACGCCCCCUCUGUCCGUUACGUCAUCGCCGUCGCCCGUGAGACAGCACACACCUUCAUCAGCGUGUCUAGGGUCACCCUCGACGCCGUGGAACUUGUCAUCCUGUCCGGGUUCUGUGGUUGUGUCGACGCCGGCUAGUUCUGUGGACUUUUCGGACUCCUCGUGUUCUGGAUCAGAGUGCGGCUUCACGACUUACGAGGCCUUAUGAGGAACGCCUGCGCCUAACAUUCACACCGACUAAAGGCCCCAGCGAGUGGACACUAUGUGUGUGAACAACGUGUGAGAGUCAAGCGAACAUUGCAUGGCGGGCUGAUACGCACACGCGACGAAAGAAAGACCAUUCGCGCAAUUCUGUGGACUUGGGUGCUGGGGCCUAAUUGCCUAACACCUUUCAUCAGCCCUCAUAGAAACGACGUGGACAUUGUGGCAAUCUUCAUGAUACUCGAAUAAUUUAAGCCUUCUUUAUUCCGCUUUUCAUAACCGCAAUAUAUAAUUGUAUAAGGCGAUUUCUACACCUAUGUGACCUCCAUAUGUGGUGUUCCAAACAAGUGUUCUAAACGUACUCUUCUAAAAGGCCGUGGAGCUGAAGACAUGCAGCGUUGUAAAUCAACUUUUUUUUUCUUCUGUGCAAUGUCGUGCAAAGGUAAAUUCAUGCUUCAGUUUGCAUAGAAUAAACACGGCUUACAAUAAAAGAAGAUUAUAAGACUCUAUAUUUAAUAUGUGCAUUCCUGUAUAACAGAAAAAAAAUCGUAUUUAAAAUACUUUUGCUGCGGUUUCAGUGCUUUUUUUAUAUAGGAUAGUUAAAGCCAACCCAAAUCGAAUUAAAAAUACUAUGUUCACCUAUAAAAUGCUGUAAUACCUUGGGCCCAAGGCCAGAUGAAAAUGUUUUUUCACCAUGCAGUACAAUUGCCAUGUGCCUAUGCAAACAUCCUCAAAAUUCAACGGGCAUGCCGUGUACACUGUUCACUUUUCGGCAGCAGUUCUGUAUUAUUUAUGACAUCAUUUUCACCGAUCAAUAAAUAUUUCUGUACAAAA